UUCCCAUCGCCCGUUUUACCGGAAGUCACUCUUUUCGGCCUAAAUACGUGCAAGCAUGGUGUACAAGAGACUAGUCCAGAUUGGCCGUGUGGCUUACAUAAAUCACGGAGAGGAAGGUGGCAAGUUGUGCGUUAUCGUGGAUGUGAUUGAUGGUGCCAGAGCACUUGUAGACGGCCCAUGUUCAAAUGUGAAACGUCAGGCCCUCAGCUUCAAACUACUCCGUCUCACGGACAUAGUCGUCAAAAUCCCUCACUCUGCCAGGACAGGAACUGUCAAAAAAGCAUGGGAUAAAGAGGAGGUGCAGAAGAAAUGGGAGGCCACUGUCUGGGCACAGAAAAUUGCAGCCAAGAAAAGGCGUACUGAGCUCACAGACUUUGAAAGGUUUAAGCUGAUGAAGGCUAAACAAACGCGUUCGCGAAUCAUCAACCGUGAAUUCAACAAACUGAAGAAAGCUGCAGGGGCUGCCAAGUAAUAUUUCUGUAGGCUUCUCGUUUUGUCGAAUAUAAUUUGGUCAAAAAUAAAAGUUAUGUAAAAUAUCUUUAAA